AUGAAAACAGAACCAAGCUCACCGGUGGUGGCCAAGAAGCUAUGGAACACCGUGAGAAUAGUCUUCUACAUGUUAAGGAAAGGCGUCCCCAAAAGCAAACUAAUGGUAGACAUUCAUUUGAUGCUCAAAAGAGGCAAGCUGGCCAGCAAAAACAUAAGUGAUCUCAUGCUGCAGCACCACUACCCCACCACCCUCAGCUGCGGCUCCACCGACGUCGCCAUGUCACUAGUCUACCCUCGAGAAUACGAGUUCAGCUGCAGUAACAGCCCUGUUUACCCCUCAUACAACUCCAAGAGAAAGCACCGCCACCACCACCACCACCACCGCCAGUCUGAUCAAGACAGCAAUGUGUCUGUGGAGGCCUCACCGAUGAUUCAUUUGCCCGGGUUCGGCCGGAGUCCGAUGGUGAGGCAGACUAGGGUUACAGAUUCACCCUUCUUGAGAAAAGAUGGGGAGGAGAAUAUUAAUAAUAAUGCUUAUCAAGUUGACAAGGAGGCUGAAGAUUUCAUCAUGAAGUUCUAUAUGGAUCAGUGGAAGCAGCAAAAAAUGAUCGAAUCCUCGCCGUCUCCUUACCAUGCAUGGGGAAGAUCUUAA